CUUCGAUUGUUGCCUUUCUUCUCCCAAUUCAAUCGAUUCAUCCCCCUACUUCAAAAUGAGAUACUACGAGCAGAAAUAUCCCGAAGUGGAUGACCUUGUCAUGGUACAAGUACGUCAAAUUGCGGAGAUGGGAGCCUACGUUAAACUGCUAGAAUACGACAAUACCGAGGGGAUGAUCCUCUUGUCCGAACUUUCAAGGAGACGUAUACGGUCGGUUCAGAAACUGAUUCGAGUUGGCAGAAAUGAGGUAGUCGUGGUACUGCGUGUGGACAAGGAAAAAGGCUAUAUCGAUCUGUCCAAAAGGCGAGUAUCACCGGAGGACAUAACAAAAUGCGAAGAACGAUACAUGAAAUCGAAAACUGUCGCGUCGAUUUUACGCCAUGUCGCCUCCAAGAUCACUACCACAUCUAUUGAUGAAGAACCCACAGAAGACCCUUCGCAGCCUUCUGAAGCUGUUCAGCAGGAAGUUAGGAAAACUCGUCGUGCACGUAAAGAGGCCCAGGAUGACGAUCUAGGGGAGGAUGCGGUUCCUCAUUCGACAGGGAACGAGGAGGAAAAGCUCGAAAUGCUGUACGAAAAAAUUGCAUGGCCAUUGGGAAGAAUAUAUGGCCACCCCAACGAUGCUUUCAAACUAGCGUUAACGGAGUCCGACAAGGUUUUUUCAGCCUUACCAACAACGGUUUCUCAAUCGAUCAAAUCUAUCCUGAUGGCGACAAUUGCUCGCCGGUUGACGCCUCAACCUAUCAAGCUCCGAGCAGAUAUCGAAGUGACAUGCUAUACCCCUGCUGGGAUCGACGCAAUCAAGAAAGCGUUGAAGGCAGGCGAGAGGCAAAGUACCGAAGCGGUUCCUAUCAAAGUAAAACUCGUGGCUCCACCCCUUUACGUUCUCAGCACGAAUGCGACUGACAAAUAUGCCGCUGUUGAUCGACUUGAACGUUCUAUCGAGUCAAUACAAAGCAUCAUCGAAGAUGAAGGUGGCUCACUGGUCGUCAAGAUGAAGCCGAAAGCGGUGUCAGAAACGGAAGAACAAGACCUUGCACAACUCAUGGCGAAGGUGGGACAGGAGAACGCAGAAGUUUCUGGCGAUGAGGACGACGAGGAAUAGAGUGCACAACUGUAUCAUCAUUGUAUUCAUAAUUUGCCAGUAGAACAAAGAUAUUUGUAGUGCACCUAUUUGUACUUUGUCUUACCUCAGCCUUGCC